AUGAGAGGUGUAGCUAGGAUAAAACGAUUCCUACGCCUGCCACGAACCCCGACCAGAGAUCAGGACGGUACACCCGAGCGACUAUCAAGAAAGGCCUUUCCUGCCGGGCUCAAACUGCUUUACAGCCCAAAUGAUGGGACAAUAGAGUUAGACGUCAUCUUUGUCCAUGGCCUAACCGGCGAUCGUGAAGCGACAUGGACCGCCCGUGGAGCGACUGAUCCUUGGCCCAAAACCCUCCUCCCAACCAUGCUUCCGACAGCCCGGGUCCUCACUUUCGGAUACGAUGCGUAUGUUGCAGACUGGAGAGGCGUAGUGUCGCAAAGUCUUAUCGCUAACCAUGCGUGGAAUCUACUCACUUCUCUUGCAUCAUACCGAGAGAACGACCGCACAAACGAACGGCCGAUCGUAUUUGUAUGCCAUAGCUUAGGGGGACUGGUUUGCGAGGAUGCCUUAUUCACGUCAAAGCAACGACCGGAACCACAUCUCCAUAAAAUUCUUCGUUCCACCCUCGGUAUCAUCUUUUUCGGAACACCGCACCACGGAGCAGGUCUUGCUAAAUGGGCCGAAGUCGUCUCCCGAUCAAUCGGCCUCAUCAAAAAGACGAAUCCCAAUAUCAUCGAGGUCCUAAGACGCGAUUCUGAAGUGCUUGCGCGUAUUCAAGACGGAUUUCACACAAUGGUCAAAGCGCGAAAUCUGGUAGAACCGCCGCCGAUUGAGGUCACUUGCUUCUAUGAAGAGCUACCUGUGCUUGGAUUUGGGUUAGUUGUGCCACAAGAUUCGGCCAUCCUGCCAGGUUAUAUUCCUAUCGGAAUCCACAGCAACCAUAUGGAUAUGACGAAGUUCGCCAAUGUCGAUGACCCUGGAUUUGUGGCUGUUUGUGGAGAGCUGCGUCGGUGGAUUAGAGAAACGGUUGCAAACAAGAAACGCCAAACUAAUCCAAAUUCGAAUCCGUCACUUGCUGAGCAGCCAAGUCUUGCAGCCAACCAGUACGGUGAUAAUAAUCGCCAGUAUAAUCAUUUGGGUGAAGGGGUGCAGAAGAUCGUUGACGGCCAUUAUUUUGAGGCACACGGGAACCAGACUUUCGGUACGGUACCGCCCAAGGAGACUUCAUUAGUAAGAGACCAGAACUCCUUGGCCUAG